AUGGCGGCCAACCUCGCGCGCGCCGGCUUCUCCGUGGCCGGCUGGAACCGAACGCCGGGGCGGCCGGGCGCCCAUGUCGCAGCGGAUGCCGGCGUGUCGGUGGUCGACUCCGCGGAGGCCGCAGUCAGGGGCGCCGGCAUCGUGUUCACGUGCCUGGGCGACGAAAAAGAUGUCGAGCAGCUGCUGGCGGGGCCGAACGGCUUGUGCCAACUCGCGGCCGAGGGGACGCUGUUCUGCGACACGAGCACGAUCGGGCGGGAGGCCGCGCGGCGCGUGGGCGCGGAGCUGAAGGGGCGGGGGAUGCGGUUCGUGGACGCGCCCGUGUCCGGUGGCGACGUGGGCGCGAGGUCUGGGACGCUGACGAUCAUGGCGGGCGGGGAGCGGGAGGACUACGAGGAGUGCCUGCCGUGCUUCGAGGCGAUGGGGAGGGCGGUGCACUUGUGCGGGCCGCUGGGAUCCGGGCAGGCGGUGAAGAUGUGCAAUCAGGUGCUGUUUGCUGGGCAUAUGGUGGCCCUGUGUGAAGCCAUGCGACUUGCAGAGAAGCAGGGACUCGACCAGCAGUUGAUAGUUGACGUCUGCAGCUCAGGGGCUGCUGGUUCAUGGGUCCUGUCCAACCUGGGCAUGAAGGUGGCAUCAGCAGACUAUGCACCGGGAUUCAUGAUCAAGCAUAUGGCCAAAGACUUAAGGCUCAUUGCCGAGACAGCAGCCUCUGUGGGCGAGGAGCUGCCAAACACUACACUUGCCUGGCAGAAAUUCCAACAAGUGGGAGAGAUGGACAGCGGCAAGGGUGGCGAGCUGGGAACUCAGGGUGUUGCCCUUUCCUAUGAGAAGCAAUGA